UCUAUUAAGGAUGUUUCAUCCAAUUCGAUUCUUAAGACAUGUAAACAAAAAGGAGGAACAAUCAAGAAUAUAUAGAAGUGUAACAGAAUAGUUUAUUUAAUCAUUUAUGUCUUUACAUGUAGGAUGUAUUAAUUAGUUGUAAAAGCUAGACGAAAAUUACUAAACCACGAUGAACGAAGAAUUUGAGUUAAAUGCUUUACAAAAUAGUGCUUCCGAUAGUACAAGACAAAGUGGCAGCAAUUCAAAAGCUGAAUACUUUAUACAACAAUUAAAUGCUAACAAUUUUAAGAAAUUGGCCUUAAUUACAGUAAUUGGUUUUAUUGUCUACCAUGGAAUAUUAAAUUGGCAAUAUGGAAGUGACUCUUGUCAGUGGCUUUUAUCCAAGGGACGUUUUAAAGGCGAUAAUGAAUGGCAACCAUACGGUUGUAUGAUGCACAAAUAUACACAAACUGAUACACGCCGUUGCUUGCGUUAUCUGGCAUUUUGGAGUUAUAAAAAUCACUUCAUUUUUAUCGGCGAUUAUUCAAUUCAUCUGUUGUAUAAACACUUUAUAAAUCACUUGCAACCCAAUGAUGAUGACAACGGCUCAAUGCUUUUGCAACCAGCCAUUGACACGAAUUUCGAAGAUCGUAAACUUAGCAUGCGUGCUACAUACAUACACGCAGAUGAGGUAUCCGAUGUAUUACUUGGCCGGUUGACCAAAUUAGAAGAUGCAGAGGAAAAUGCGGUUUUUGUUAUUGGUUUCACUUAUCGUCAUUUCACAUACGGCAAUGUUACUGAAGACUUAUUAAAAGCUUAUAACAAUAACCUAACUAGACUAGUGGUACCAUUUGAACAUUUGAUUACACAGAAAUCAAAGGUAUUGUGGAAAUUGCAAGAUCGGGUUAAUGAAGAAAAACUUGUUGACAAUUGGAAAGCCGUGCUGAAUAAAGAUAUAGAUCGCUUGAACCAAGUGGCCCGUAGCGUUUUCCGUUAUGCAGAUAUUACUGUUUGGGAAGCUGCUUGGCAAAUAUCGACCGGGUUAACGGAUAGCGCAAUAGAUGGCUAUAAAUUGUGCGAUCUGGGAUUACGACAUUAUACACAGUUGUUGUUAAAUAUGUACUGUAAUGAUUACAUGAACUAUAACGAUGGCAGUUGUUGCAGUAGUGCAGAACCUUAUACUCUACUUCAAAUAGUUACAUACGCUGUAUUUGCAGUAUGUAUUGCUUUGGUAUGUGGCAUAUAUUUGCGCCGAUGGCUUUUACAUUUGCGUGGUCAAACCUUAUACACACCCAUGCAGCCUCAGCAUAAUGGUUUACAUUGUGCCGCUAACGUAAAUGGUUCUACUUUAAAUUUGCCUAACAGCAGUAUGGAUUACACUACACCAGUUGUAUCCUUGGCCAUGUUAGGAAUUAUUAUGGCUUACUUUUACAUCUGUGAUCGCACCAAUUUCUUUAUGAAAGAGAACAAAUACUAUUCGGAGUUCAGUUUUUGGAUACCAGUCGGUUAUGUAUUUGUUUUGGGUCUCUUUUUUACGGAGGACUCCCGCUUUACCAAGGUACUAAAUCGAGAUCAAUCAGAUGAAUUAAAAGGCUGGAUUUUAUUAGUAGUCUUAAUAUAUUACAUGACUGGCGCUCACCGUGUCUUGCCCAUACACAUGCAUAUUAAGCUCUUAAUUAGCGGCUAUCUCUUCCAUACAGGUUAUAUGCAUUUUGAAUACAUGUGGCAGACAGGCAAUUCAAGCUUCGUGCGCUUUUUUCAAGUGAUGUUUCGUUUAAAUUUUAUGACCGUAAUUCUGUGUUUUUGUAUGAAUCGUCCUUAUCAAUUUUAUUACUUUGUACCGUUGCUAUCAUUUUGGAUGUGCAUUAUAUAUUUUCUACUUUCUUUACCGCCACGCAUUACGGCUCAAUCUGUGGACGCAAACCCAUUACAUUACCUUUACUUGGUGGGCAAAUUUGUGGGCUGUUUCAGUGUCAUUACAAUUUUGUUUAUGUCUGAAGUAUUCUUUGAGAGAAUUUUUGUUACCCGUCCAUGGAAAGCUUUAUUUGUUACUACGGAUGAUGAUAUACAUGAAUGGUGGUAUCAAUGGAAACUGGAUCGUUACACUAUUAUAUUUGGUAUGAUAUUUGCCGCUUGCUUUCAUGUAGCACAAAAAUAUAGUAUUUUUGAUGAUAACAAUCACGGGAAUCUAUUUGCUCGACGCACUUCCAUUACCGUAACAUUUUUAGCUCUUUUGAGCGUUGGUUUUUACACUGCAUUCUCGUUUCUUUGUCGCAACGAACAAAAUUGUGAAGAAAUUCAUUCAUAUAUUGUUUUUAUUCCCAUAGUUGGUUACAUUGUAUUGCGCAAUAUAUCGGGUAUUCUGCGCACUCGCUAUUCCACAUUUUUUGCCUGGUUCGGUCGCAUUUCGCUCGAACUUUUUAUUUGUCAGUAUCACAUUUGGUUGGCUGCAGACCGUCAUGGGGUUUUAGUUCUACUGCCCGGCUUUCCUACGCUCAACAUGAUUAUUACUUCGUUUAUCUUUGUAUGUGCCUCACAUGAAGUGCACCGAAUUACACAAAUUUUACUGCCCGUGGCAGUACCCAAUGAUUGGAAACUAGUGACUCGUAAUUUUAUAAUAUUUCUUAUUAUAUUAAUACCUAUUGCUCACUCCGAUGGUAUGUUUUGAAUUUCGUAAAAACACCUUAAUAUGCCGGUUUGAAUAAGUCAAUACAAUCGCAUCUACUUAAGUAUGUAUCUAGUAAUAGUAAAGUGAUAGCUUUAACAAUUAGAAUUUUUUUUUGUUAGCAUUCAGCUUUAUACCCUUCACCAAGGAUAACUAAAUUCUACAGUCAAUCCGUUGUAAUCAAUUGAGCAAACUCUGAUUUAUUCUGUUAUGUCCGUUUAUUUAUUUAUUAAUUUUUUUUUUUAUUAUUGAAAGUACUUAAAAUUUAGUUUGAUAUGGAAUUUUCAGUAAGCUGGGUGAUGGGUAUGUAAUAUACGGCUUUAGCCGAUUCAAUUUUUUCCUUUUUGUUAAACAUUUUGUAAUGUAUUAUUCAUUUAUAUAUAACAUGUAUAUAU